AUGGCCGACAACACAACCGACCACGCCUCGCAGCUCGAAAAGGGCAUGGGAGGGUUACCCCCGACAUUCGUCCAUCUCGACCGCACUCACACGGCCGGUGGACACGUCAACGACCGCACCCAGCCCGGCCUCCCUGUUGUGCACAGGACCUUUGCGAAUCCGUCGCCACUGGGGCUGUUGUCUUUCGCGACUGGCCUGCACGCCCGCGGCGUCGAAACACCCAAUGUCAUCCUUGGUGUCCUCAUCUUCUUCGGCGGGCUGGGCCAGUUCCUCGCGGCGGUGAUGGAGUUUUUUACGGGAAACACUUUCGGCGCAACCCUCUGGGCCACCUACUCUGCUUUCAACUUCUCCUACGCGAUGAUCUACAUUCCCGGCACGGGCAUCCUGGCCGCCUACACGGACGCCGAGACCGGCGCGCUCAGUCCCGAGUUCAACCAAGCUAUCGCAAUCUACCUGUGGGCAUGGUUCAUUGUGAACACGCUCUACGUGGUUGCGGCGGUUCGGAGCUCGUGGGUGAUUUUCAUCGACCUCGCUAUUCUGAGCCUGGGCUUCCUGUUGUUAGCUGUGGCGUAUAUGACCGGCGACCAGGCGGUUAUGACGGCCGGUUACUCUGUUACGAUGGUUACGGCUGCGCUCUCCUCAAUACCUCUUGAGCAGAAGAAAUAA